AUGAUCAGAGUUGGAAGGAUUAUGACUGGUUUUCCAUCAGUUGGGAGAAGGCAUGGGUUGUUCAGCACGGGCGACCUGUCGGGAAGUCAGGUCGUCUCCCGUCGUCGGUCCGCUGUUGCAUAUUCUGUCCUUGGGGAGGAUGUUGGUGGUGAUACUAUUAGCCGACGCUUACGGUGGAAACGCAACAUCGAAUCUUUUCUCGCUAAGUCGCCUGUUGUUAUCGAGAUUGGUGAUGGUGAUGAGAUGUCAGCGGCAAAGGCGGUUUGUUCACACCGUCAAGGGAAAACAAUCGUUGCGGGAGUGGAUCGUGUUGUCGAGAGCAGUGAGUUUGUGCCCGGGAUUCGCCGCGUGAAGGCCGUGUGUGUGGUUAUUGGUGUGGAGAGGGGAAAACAGGCGGCGUUGGUGUUUUCCUCUAGUAGCGGCUCCGGCAGAUCCGAACCGGGCGUCGUGGCUCAGUCUACUGACCCCAUGCACGCUGCCAUUAGGGCUUUCGUUGAGACGGACUUCACAUCUUAUCUCAGACUGGGCGAGCUUGGUCUUUCUGAUCUCCGCCAUUUGUGUUCUGAGGAGGAGGACACUGUUCCAGACGACGGUGUUGAGGGCGGCGUGUGA